AUGGCAUUAAACAGGAUUUCUGCAGCAGGUCUCUCACUCAAUCUGACCUCCUCUUCACAGGGAUUGGGGUUUUUUAUUUAUUUUUACUCGCAUGUCAAAAUUCACAUUUAAAGAGUUUCUUAAUAUUUGAACCUGGUUCUCUCCCCCCUUCAGUCAGGAUGUCUAUCACCAAGAUCCACGCUCGUGAGAUUCUGGACUCCAGGGGAAACCCCACAGUGGAGGUGGACCUGUGGACAGCCAAAGGUCUGUUCAGGGCUGCUGUUCCCAGCGGCGCCUCAACUGGAGUCCAUGAGGCUCUGGAGCUUCGUGACGGAGACAAGAGCCGCUACCUGGGCAAAGGUACCGUUAAGGCUGUGGAUCAUGUCAACAAGGAGAUUGCCCCCAAGCUGAUUGAGAAGAAAUUCAGCGUUGUCGAGCAGGAGAAGAUCGACAAGUUCAUGCUGGAGUUGGAUGGCACUGAAAACAAAUCCAAGUUUGGUGCCAAUGCCAUCCUGGGUGUGUCGCUGGCUGUCUGUAAAGCUGGAGCAGCAGAGAAAGGAGUUCCCCUCUACCGCCACAUUGCUGACCUUGCUGGACACAAAGAUGUCAUCCUUCCUGUGCCUGCCUUUAAUGUGAUUAAUGGUGGUAGCCAUGCUGGAAACAAACUGGCCAUGCAGGAGUUCAUGAUCCUGCCAGUUGGAGCCUCCAACUUCCACGAGGCCAUGAGGAUUGGAGCUGAGGUCUACCACAACCUGAAGAAUGUCAUCAAAGCUAAAUAUGGAAAAGAUGCCACCAACGUGGGAGAUGAGGGAGGCUUCGCUCCAAACAUCCUGGAGAAUAAUGAGGCUCUGGAGCUGUUGAAGACUGCCAUCGAGAAGGCCGGUUACCCUGACAAAAUCAUCAUUGGCAUGGAUGUGGCCGCCUCAGAGUUCUUCCGCAAUGGAAAGUACGACCUGGACUUCAAAUCCCCCGAUGACCCCUCUAGACACAUUUCUGGUGAAAAGCUGGGUGACCUCUACCGCAGCUUUAUCAAGAACUACCCUGUCCAGUCCAUUGAGGACCCAUUUGACCAGGAUGACUGGGAGCACUGGGCUAAAUUCACUUCUUCUGUAGACAUCCAGAUCGUAGGUGAUGACCUGACUGUCACCAACCCAAAGAGGAUCCAGCAGGCAGUGGACAAGAAGGCCUGCAACUGUCUGCUGCUUAAAGUCAACCAGAUUGGCUCUGUCACAGAGUCCAUCCAGGCGUGUAAGCUGGCUCAGAGCAGCGGCUGGGGUGUGAUGGUUAGCCAUCGCUCUGGAGAGACUGAAGACACCUUCAUUGCUGACCUGGUGGUUGGACUUUGCACUGGACAGAUUAAGACCGGUGCCCCCUGCAGGUCAGAGCGUCUGGCCAAAUACAACCAGCUGAUGAGGAUUGAGGAGGAGCUUGGAGACAAGGCCAAGUUCGCUGGUAAAGCCUUCCGCCACCCAAAGAUCAACUAAAGCACCAUCCUGCCUUCCUGUCGCUGUGGCAACUGACUGACACCUGAUGACCCCAGAAGGCUCUUACCCCUUCCACUGGGGGUGAGGGGUUAGAGGUCAUAGUGGGCUUGACUGCCUUUCUAGAUGUGAUUCCAUUAAUGAUGUUUUCUAUACAAAAGACAAACAUUAAAGAGUGAAAAGGAAAAA